AUGUCUUACGGAUGUGGAACCAUAUGCCUUCCUUUUAUAAGAAGAGCCCUAUUGACCUUCAUGGCUGUAGAAGCAACAUAUUCCACAUACGAACUUUUUCUCAAGCCCGGGGCCAUCUUCAUGUAUUAUCGAAUAAAUGACAUGAUGAACAAGGAAAAGAAGUGA